AUGAACAUUAAAUCUCUUUAAUAAUAAACACUAAAAAAAUACAAGAAGGAAUAUUAUUUAUAGAUUUAAAUUUAUUUUAGCAAUAAAAAAAUAGCUUUCAAGAAAUAUUAUGUUAACCUAGUGAGAGCAUUAAUGAAGUUUAAUUAAUUUAAUUUUGUUUAGAUGACGAGAGGCAAAAAAGUUAAGGAGAUAAUAAAUAAUCAGAAAUAGAAAGUUAAUAAUUAACCCUCAUCAUAAGUACCAAAUACAAAUAGUUUUAACAAUCCAAACGAUUAAUCGUAAUUUGAAAAAAAUUAAAAUAAGUUUGAUCCACCAAAUAAUGAAACUUAACAAAAAGAUGAUUAAUUUGAAAUUAAUAAUAAAAAGGAAAUUACAGAUGUGAUCAAUACAAAUGAUUUGGAACUUCCUUUAGAUGGAACUAAAGUAAAAAACUACAAUUAAUAGACUGAAGUACUUAAUACUGGUACUUUAAAUGGUCCCUUGGAUGAAACUUAAAUCAAUACCUAAAACUAAGACAAUUCAGUAAUUAAUACAAAUAAUAUCAAACCUCCUUUAGAUGGAACUUAAAUGAAUAUCUAAAAAUAAGAUAAUUCAGUAAUUAACACAUAGAAUAUCAAGCCUCCUUUAGAUAGAACUUAAAUCAAUAACUAAAAUUAAGACAAUUCAGUAGUUAAUACAAAGAAUAUCAAACCUCCUUAUGAUGGAAAUUAAAUGAAUAUAUAAAAUUAAGAUAAUUAAGUAAUUAAAUACAAAUAAUAUCAAACCUCCUUUAGAUAGAACUUAAAUCAAUAACUAAAAUUAAGACAAUUCAGUAGUUAAUACAAAGAAUAUCAAACCUCCUUUAGAUGGAACUUAAAUGAAUAUCUAAAAUUAAGAUAAUUCAAUAGAACUUAAAUCAAUAACUAAAAUUAAAGACAAUUCAGUAGUUAUAAUACAAAGAAUAUCAAACCUCCUUUAGAUGGAACUUAAAUGAAUAACUAAAAUUAAGAUAAUUCAGUAAUUAACACAAAGAAUAUCAAGCCUCCUUUAGAUAGAACUUAAAUCAAUAACUAAAAUUAAGACAAUUCAGUAGUUAAUACGAAGAAUAUCAAACCUCCGUUAGAUGGAACUUAAAUGAAUAACUAAAAUUAAGAUAAUUCAGUAAUUAACACAAAGAAUAUCAAACCUCCUUUAGAUAGAACUUAAAUCAAUAACUAAAAUUAAGACAAUUCAGUAGUUAAUACGAAGAAUAUCAAACCUCCGUUAGAUGGAACUUAAAUGAAUAACUAAAAUUAAGAUAAUUCAGUAAUUAACACAAAGAAUAUCAAGCCUCCUUUAGAUAGAACUUAAAUCAAUAACUAAAAUUAAGAUAAUUCAGUAGUUAAUACAAAGAAUAUCAAACCUCCGUUAGAUGGAACUUAAAUGAAUAACUAAAAUUAAGAUAAUUCAGUAAUUAACACAAAGAAUAUCAAGCCUCCUUUAGAUAGAACUUAAAUCAAUAAAUAAAAGAUUAAGAUAAUCCAGUAAUUAAUACAAAUGACUUUAAUUGUGCUUCGGAUAGCCCUUAAUUGAAUAAUUUUCAAUUUCAUUCAAAAGGAUAAUAUCUUAAAUAAAGUAAUUAAGUUGAAUCGAAACCCACCCAUAAAAAUUAAUCUAAAAAUAACUAAUUUUAAUAAACAUAAU